AGACGGAAGAAUCUCGUCAUUGCAAGUCUAUAUAAAAAAAAUGGGCUUUCGUCGUCCCAUUACUCCGCUACCCAUGGGUUGCUAGCUUCCAACCGCCACUUUGAUGGGAGAUGGGGACUAUGCGCUGCACCCUGAGCCCGGCGCCGACGACGUGGGCGUCUGCUGGCCCGGCGAGCUCGACGAGCAGCUCGUAACGGAGCUCCUCAGCGACGACAGCCUCCUCCUCGGCGCCCUGCAGCAGGACCCCGCCGCCGUCGACUCGGAGCACUACUGCUCGCGUGACACAGGCGCGUCGUCAUCUGCUCCCGCGGCGUGCACCGGCGGCGGCGGCACCGUGGCCGAGCACCAGGAGCUUCUUCCGCAGCCGGAGGCGGUGAGCAGGGCUCUGUGCUCGGUGUACACCGGCCCAACGAUCCGGGACAUCGAGAAAGCGCUGUCGACGUCCAGGCCGCCGUACCCCUGGAGCAGCCGCCGCUACAGUCCAAUGCAUCUUGGCAGGUUCGGAGCGGCGGGUCGGGCACCGGAGAGGCACACGACGAAGGUGAGGAGCUGUGGCGGCAAGACGCCGAGCGACGGGUACAGGUGGAGGAAGUACGGGCAGAAGUCCAUCAAGAACAACCCCCAUCCCAGGAGCUAUUACAAGUGCACGAGCUCCCGGUGCGGCGCGAAGAAGCACGUGGAGAAAUCUAUGGACGACUCAGAGAUGCUGAUCGUCACGUACGAGGGUUCGCACCUGCACGGCCCACAGCCGCUCUUCCCGCGUCGACAGUGGCUGUCGGUUGACCUGUCCGGCGCGGGGGUAGCGGCCUCGAAGACGAAGCAGCAGCAGACCAGGUCCUCCUCCCCGGCCGCGUCAGCCACGCUCGCAAGCGACGACGGGGGCGGCGGCUGGCCACCGAGCCUGCAAAUAAUGACGCGCAACGCCGAGACGCGAGGAGGAGGGCUCACGGCUGAUGCAGGCGAGAGCGAGACGACGCCGGGGCUUCAGAGCGGACGCACGGGUGUGACCGCGGACUCGUGCGACGAUGGCUCCACCGCCUCCGUGCCGCCGCCGCCGCAGACUGCUCCCUCGUUUCACUGUGACUCGCCGCCUACGACCUGGUCCUGGUCGUGCCUUGACUACACCCUCGCCUGGUCCCCUGAAGCUCCUCUGCUUCAGUAGAAGCCGGUAAACUAGCUUGUUUAGGAACAGGAUAUGCAUACAUAGAUCUCAAAGAGAUCGAAAGAUAAGAGACCCCAGCUGUUUAUUAUAUUCCAUGCAAAAAAAAAACUCAAGUGACUAAAGCCAGAACGCUGACGUGAAGCUACCUAAGUUGGUGCAGCGACAGUGAUAAAAAGGCUAAGCACUUUUCUAGUUAACCAGCUAUACUAUUAUUGUACAGUGAUAUAUAUAGAUGCCAAUGUGUGCCCUUAGCACUAGUAA